GAUGAAUACAAAUGGACCAUAAUAAGGAUUAUUUGGUAAUAAACCUCCUUAAACAAAUACUAUAUUCUCUACUACACCUGCUGUACCAUAAUAAAAUAACCUCUUUGCUAAUACAUAACCAACACAAUAAAAUAAUAUGUUGUUUGGAUAAACAAAUAAUUAACCUUAAACAAUGACAGGUAUUUCUAAAUAUAAUAAUAAAUAGGUGGAUUUGGUUAAACACCAUUAUUGGGAUAACCAGUUCAAAAUUAGGGUAUCUUUGGUUAACAAUAACCAACAACUUCUAAUCUUUUUGGAAAUACAUAACCUGGUUUUGGAUAAUAAACUAAUUUAUUUGCUACCACACCUUAAUAAUAAUAACCAGGUAUAAUGUAAAAUGGACUAUAAUAUCCUUAAUAAAAUUAAAUUCAAGCUUUUAUUAAUGAUUCAAAUGCCUUUAAAGAAAAAUAUAAUGCAUUGACUCUAAAGAUUGGUGAAACAGAAAAAAGCUUUGCUAAUCAACCUGGUUAAAAUUAAUAAUGGUAAUAAACAAUCUAACCAAUUUCACAAAUAGUCUUUCAAAUGGAUACCAAAUCUGUUCUAGAUACUUCUGAAUAAAUAUUAGCUGGUUAAAAAGAUUUGUCUAAAAAUCUAAAUGAAUAUAUUUCUACUGUUGGAUUGGUAUAGAAAAUUACAGAAGAUGGACUUGAAGUUUUAAAAAAAGAAGAGGCUUAAUGUAAUGAUUAUUAAAAAGCUUAAUAAACAAUGAAAGAAUCAUAUGAUUAAUUAUCUGGAACUAUUAGAAUAAAUUAAUAAUUUUCUGUUCCCUAAAAAUAUUAAGAACAAUUAAUUCUUCAAUAAUAUGAAUAAUUAGAGCUGUUGACUAAUACUGUCAAUAAUAUGAUAAAGUAUUAUGAAAAAUAACCAAAUAUGGAUGUUGAUGAAGCCUUAUAAUAUAAAUUAAUGCAUCUAUAAACGUUGUCAAAUUAUUAAUGUAUGCUUUCAUCAAGGAUUAGAAAUAUUUAAGAAAAAAGUAUUAAUCUUUCUAAAAUUAGUAUCUACAUUUUAAACUAAAACAUAUUCAUAAAUUAUGCCAGAUAAGAAAAUUGAUGAAUUUUAUACCAUAGAUACACACAAAGACCUUCUAGAUCAAAUUAUUGCAGAAAAAAUUUGA